UCGUUUUUGGCACACAAAUCAUUAUAGCUAGACUUCGAGCUCAUAUCCAGUAGGCUACAGACAUAGAUUUUUCGAAUUUAAAGCAGAAUGUCCAAUACCAUUAAGGAUGACAUAUUCGACGUCCUGAGAGACUUAAAUGAUGAUCAGUUCAAACUGUUCAAAUCUAAACUUUGCGACCGCAGCGUGGAACCUCGAAUCCGUAAAAGCGAAGUCGAAAAGGCGGACAGACUGGAUCUUGUGGAAAUAAUUAUCUCCAGACACACCACCAAUCGAGCCGUAUCAGUCACCGUAACUAUUUUAAAAUCAAUGCAUUGCAAUGAAUUAGCUACCGAACUGGAGGAAGAGGGUGCAAGCCGCGGAGGAGGGCCAACUCCUGCAGCUGGAGCGUGCGGCACGACUGCAGAAAAGCACUUCAUUGACCGGCACCGCACGGCCCUGAUCGAGAGAGUCUGCAACGUGACCGCCAUCCUCGACCGACUCCUGGAACAUGGGGUCGUUACCCAAAGCGGGUAUGACGAGAUUCAAGCAGGGAACACCACGCAGGAUAAGAUGAGAAAACUCCUAAGCGGUCCCAUUCAUUCCGGGGGUGGAAAAGCUAAAGAUGUGCUGUUCAAGAUCCUGGAGACACAAGAGCCCUUCCUCAUGGAGGAACUGAAGGGGCACUAGCGGUGAAGAGCAUCCUGAUCAGGAGAUGAUAGGGGAAGGCAGAAUUCACAGGACAUGAGCAGCUAAAUACAUGCAGCUAUUGUGUUCUGUUGCCUUUAACUGUGCUGUGCGUUUUCAAGAACAAAUCAAGCAAAGCAACUCCUGUUUAAUACUGAUUUAACAUUUAUUUAAAUAGAUUUUUAGAUGCCCAUGAUUAUGAGAAUUGUAUAGGCUACUUAUGUUAGCUUACACAAUUAGACAAGCCUUCUCUGGGUGUUGAUGGUGGAUAUUGAGUUUUGAAUGACAUAUGAUGAAUGAAAUCUUUGAAAUAAAUGAAAAAUAAUACAUGCA